CAUCCCGGCAGAUCCUGCGCGCGUUUCCACGUCCGGGACGGACUCCUUCCUCGUCUACCUCGUCACAUUCUCCGCUUCGACUCCCCUUCGCCCUACUUCCCAUCCGACAACCUGCCUGUCUAUCUUCCCGCCACGCCGAGAAGCCGAAAUCGAGAACUCCAAGUGCUCAGAAGAUUGCAUCAAGACUUCAAAACGAUAAAAUGACUAUGGAUGGGAGCAAGAGCGAGCCUGGCAAGAACGGGGCCACUCAACAAGAAUGCGCGGGUUGUGGAAAGGCGAUUACAGAGAGGUAUCUUUUGAAAGCAUUGGACAUGUAUUGGCACGAAGACUGCUUGAAAUGCGGAUGCUGCGACUGCAGGCUUGGCGAAGUCGGCUCGACGCUCUACACCAAAGCAAAUCUCAUUCUCUGCAAAAGAGAUUAUCUGCGACUCUUCGGAAAUACCGGUCACUGCGCGGCGUGCAGCAAAGUAAUCCCGGCGUUCGAGAUGGUGAUGCGCGCGAGAACUAAUGUUUACCACUUGGAGUGCUUCGCUUGUCAGCAGUGCAAUCACAGAUUUUGCGUAGGCGACAGAUUUUAUCUCUGCGACAACAAGAUCCUCUGCGAGUACGAUUACGAGGAGAGGCUGGUGUUCGCCAACAUGGCUCUGCAUCCUCCGCCCAGCGCUACAUUGGCACACAUCAAGAGACAGGUGACUCACCUUCAGCCACAGAACGUAGCUGGCGGCCCUCAGCGACAAGCGAACGGGGAAGCGGCCCAUAACCACAACGGAUAUCCAACGCCAGCCAGCACGAGCGCCCAUAACGUCCUGAACCCCAUGAAUAAUUUAAACGGUAUCAAUGCGCAAGCAUCGUACGAUGCCAAAUGACAAACGAAGUAAGCGCCGAUAUAUCGAUUGAGUCGCGCAAGGGGCGGCGACUCGUGGAAUCCGCGUCAUCCUUAUUGUCUUCGUGGUUUGCCAUGCUCAUCGUCCGAACCAAUAACUUUAGCACGCGACUCACAUCAAAUUGCGCAUAAUCCAAUGUCCCCCUCCACUGUCGAAAGAUAUCGUUAAGCUGUCGGUAUCGUAAACGAUGAAAAGGUGUUAUCGCGUAUAGAUAUGUAUUAUAUAUUCACAUUAAACGGCCCCGCUUUGCGUCGCGAUUCAAGCUCGACUGGAUGAACUCGAAGCUCGGUUUGUGUAAAUACAAGAACCACAACGCCAUACAAAAGUAUAAUAGUGCUCUAAUGAAACGGCGUGAUUAAGCGGCAUAGGAGAAUUUAAACUCGUUUUGUAAAUUUUAAAUUAGUAAUUAUAUAUACAUAUAUAUAUAUAUAUAUAUAUAUAUUGUUUUUUCCACUUGUUUUAAAGAAUAAAAAAAAGAAAUUGUUUUUCUUAAAAAUUCUAAGAGUAAUAUUUCUCCUACGCCAUCUUACACGCUAUUUGAGGUGUUUUCCGGACGAAUUAUUAUUCCGUCUUGGAUUAGAUUCUUGAAUGCGAGAGAGAACGUGAGGGAAGAAACACGUAAAUCCAGAAUGCGUCUCUUGUUCUUUCCUUAUUUUUAAUUAGAUUCGUAUAACCGAGACUCUCGAAUAGAUCCGUCUUCCCCACGCUCGACUGGCUAAAACGAUAAAUAAAGUAGAUAGAGAAAUAGGUAAGUAGAGAUAGAUAGGUGACGAAACGUGUAUUCGCCAGCUACGGCGAGUUAUUGGUGCUCUUUAGAUUAUAAUUGAUCGAAUUUCCGUGUGAUCUAAUCGAAACUGCUAACGCAAAUUUCUAGAUGAGCGAACGAGAUCCAAGAAAAAGAACCAGGAAUAAGAGACUCGCAUGGAAAGACUUAGAGACUAGGGAAGUAUCGCCGUAUCGCGAAUCUCUUCCGGAUUUAUUCGUUUCCACGAGAUUCUUCUCCGAGCGUAUGCGCCGAGACUUCCGGUCCGAUUCGAAAUAUCCUUAACAGCCGCCGUCUCUCGCGAGAAGUCCCGAGAAACUCCGGGGUGGUAAUAAAGUUUGUCUCGCGUUUAAUGCCUGCCGAGGGCGGCGUAUCGGUGAGGUGGUGCGCGCAGGAUGACCGGAGGGUCCCGUUCCUGCCGGACGAAGGAGGUAGGGCGUCGUGGACGAGAUCGAAUCGGCGGGCUUCGGCGGGAGAGCGACGCAUCACGGCGGCAACAACCGCUCGCCCAGCACGCCACCCCAUGGGGCUCAUACGUUAGGGGUGACUUAAGCAUUGUUUCAACUUCGAAUCUCCCGGCAGCGGCUCAGAUUGAUGUCGCGAACUUUUCCGCUGCCUUAUUUGCGAGUCAGAUAACGAGGCUGAGUUAUGCCGAAACUUCUCUCUCGCGCUCUCUCCUUCCUUCUCAUCCGGCCCGGUCUCCACGCUGAUCGUAUCGGAUCACGAGGAAUAUCCCGCAGUCGGGAGGAAUGUUUUAUUUCCACCUUCAAUUCUUCGGGGAUUCGUUCGUCGAUGCCGAAAGUACGUCGAACGAUAAUAGGCGGAGGCAGCUGCGCCGGCAAACCACCGUACGUUAACCCUUACGUGAAGUGACUUUCACGAUUUUCCGGCCGCGAGAUAACGAGAUAAGUACGGGAUAACGAGGAAAAUCUUCGCUCCUCGCGUCUGGCGAGGGAAGGCAAUAAUUAUUGUUGACUAUUGGUGGCAGAAGGGUUUGAGCAAUAGAUAUCGGAACCGUAUAUAUUCCGCGAGGCUAACUGGAAUCGGCUGUGAGUUAAUGAAUUUUGCUAACAAACAGUUUCUUAUAUGCUUUUCGUAUCGCACGAUUGUCAUUUUCUGCGACACUAGCGUUAAGUAUAAAAAUACGUUGGCUCGUUGAUCACUUGAGUAGUGAAAUAUUUGUAAUUUUGUUGCAAAAUACGUUCGCAAGUGUUUGCAUAUGUACGAAUACUAAAUUCGACAAUUUUAAAUUACUAUAAAUAGCGUGUACAAUAGCGAGUGCCAAUUUAUUAGCGCACCUUUUUGAUUUCUCGACGAAUAAAAAUAUCAUAUGCACGCUUACUUCAAUCUGUCAAAUCGCAUUGCGCCGAUAAUUAUUUGAAAUUAUCAAUCAAUACUGAAAAACUGUUGCGAUCUAGGAACUUAUAUUUUGAUACUACGACAGAGCGAGUACUUACAUUCACAGAGCGCGUUAAAGUCGCCUGACUUAGCCGCGAUUUCUUUUUACACCUGAAGAUAUUUCAGCGACUAAGGAAUAAUUCUCUCGCAAAGUGUGUAACGAUUCCAGAAUGAAACCAGCAUAGUUCCUAACGUAAAAAGUCUUCGACGAAUAUAUAAUCGCUAAAGAAACAUUUAUACUAUGCGACUAUCAAAUGAACAUUUAAGCACAGCCAGUGCGAGUAUCGGAACCCUUUUGUACAUUGUAUCCUACGGUAUUGCUUUCUAAAUCCCCGCAUAUAAAUCACGGGCAGCGCUCUAUGUAUUCCGAUUGCGCUUAGAUCACGAUGUACGAAAGAAUGGAAAUAUUAAUUAAGGAAGUGUGCAUGUUUUGCUAGUAUAGAGAUACGUUUUGUAUUAUAGUUCUAUCAUAGAAGUAUUAAUAAAUUUGUUUCGAUGUUAUGCAAGAAUUGUGGUUGUGAAUCGCGGCAUGAAUUAUCGAGGCCGCCGAAGAGGACACACCAUUUUCUUCCGCUUUCUUAAAGCUUUAUGUUCCUGUUUCUCUCGAGUCAUGAGUUCGCGAUAUUGAUUCGCGACGUUGCGACGCGAGAAACAACGCGCGGAAUGACUCUCGCCGCGCGCCCGGAGCCUCCUCCCUCUUGCAUCUUCCGUUCGUAUUUCCUCUGAAUUAUUUAAGGGCGCUACGUGAUUGGCCGACAAAUCCGGUCCGCCUCAAUAAUUUACCAAUCAUACGCGGUCCUUUGUGUUUUAUACGCCGCGUUUCGAAUAAAUCGCAUUGUGUAUUCAGAAGAGCGGCAUCCAACUCUAUUCGGGUGCGAACGCGAACCCUCUCCGCGUAUCCGGGCGCUGGAAAAAGGCGACGUGAAGAAACGGAAGAGGAAGCGACCGGAGAGAUCGCGAAGGGGGCGAUCGCGCACGAUUCGCACGAAUUGACUCGAAAUUCGGCUGAACAUCGCGAAUUUAUGACGAGGCCACGAAGAAGCGCAAUAUCCCCAUCCUUUGUGCCGUUCGGGAUCACGAGUAUUGCUAACGCGAGGAUUAAAUUUAAUACUUAACAACCUGGAGCGAUACUGGUUGAAUAUUCCGGAUGAAAGCUCGAUAUACGGAAGAUCAAAAGUUUUCAGUGAAAAAUAUCUCGAUAGCUUUACGAAUUAACGUGUCCGCGGCGCUUUUUACGCCGGCAGUUACUCCGACAGAUUUCAUUGAAAUAUCCGCGUAAUAGAAAAUGACCGGAAUCAGCCGCGGCGAACACUCUCGUGACUCUUGGAAAAUCCAUAAAAAGUAGGUACACCAUCUACAAAGCAAUUUGUUCUCCGAGAAUUAAUGCGAUGCUUUUUAAUAUCGACGUAUCUCGACGGGGCUUAGUGGAACGACGGUUGCUCGAUAACGGAAGGUGAUUUAACGUCACAGGCGAAACUGCUUAUCUAUAAUCCAACGAACGAACUGGCGGGCGGUCGGUAAGUAAACGAAGCGGGAAACGAGAGAGCAUUCGAUGCAAAUUGGCAAUUUUUUCUCGUACGGCCCGCGGUAAUCAUUGGCAAUUAGAGCAGAGGGACCUCCCGAUAAAUGUUAUUUAUGGCUACGAUUAUCCCAGGCGCGCCUAGCCGCGUCCGAAGGUUCGCCUAACUACGACCUCCCGGCUAUCUAAUUGGCUGACGAUUACUCCUGUUUGUACAAAAUGCUGCACUUUGUUGCCAGCACAAAUUAUCUGUGCGCAAACGCAGCCCCGCCUAUUAAAAAUUGUACGCUCGAAAUAUCCACUUUAGAGAUGUAGCAAAACUAUUUUGGAAAGUAUAUCCUAAUUAAUUUAUUUAAUGGAAAAAGCGCUUUUGCAGUUAAUAAUUAUUGAUUUUAUUGAUUCUGGCAAUAUGCUAAUUCUCUAAACUGUUAGUCUAUAUUUAGAUUACUUGAAACAAAGAUGACAUCAAAUAUUAAGUCUUCUAACAAUUACUUCUACUCGAAAUUUUUAUGGAUCUUCGAUGCAUCGAAAGCUCAUUCUGUCUCAAGAUUAACUAAUAAAAGAUAUCACAGAAGUGGAGAUAUUUAUCGGAAAAGACCAACAGAAGAGAGUAACGCGGAGAGAGAAAUAUAUUCUAAUAUAUAUAAAAAUUAAUAUAUAUAUAUAUAUAAAUCAUACAAUAAAAGUAUUUUAAAUCUUGAUGUCGCAUAAAAGUAGCAAACAGGCAACAAUUAUCAAAUAUCUAUUAUCAGUAUCUAUUCACCCGUCGGAAGUGCGCAUCGAAUCGCGUUCUCUCUUCUCGUUACUCGGAUCGUUAUUUCCGUUCGGACUAUACUCCGCGUUUAAUCACCAGCAAAUUAUCCCGCCGGAUCGCAAAGCUCCCCGUAUAGCUACGAGCAACUUGGGAAGCGAGCGUCAUUAUCUCUGCGCUAACAAUUUUUCCAGGCGCCUUUCUCCGUCGCAAAAAAAAAAAAAAGAGGAAAAGGGACGUCGGUGUGUAACGUUGCGGCGAGCUUGCGUAAAUCACGCAAAUCACGUAUCGCACGGCGAGGGAAAGGGACGAGAGAGUCGCGGCUCUUUUCCGUUACGCGCGGUCUCUGAAACAAUAUUAUUACUAAAAGCCGCGCUCGUCCCGGUUGCUUCGCACGCGGACUCGCCGCGGCGAGUCCGCGCGCGAAGAGGAAUGGCAAGCCGUGGGUUUGCCGACGGAGGAGCGAUUAAUUAAAAGAGCAAAAACUGUUUUCAUAAAAUUCAUUUGCGGAAAUAUGCGCCGACUGAAAUAAUAUCCGGCCGCCGAUGGAAACGCGUGUCCCGUGCCGGCAUGGCUGUCCGGUAGCCGCGCGCUGCCCGCGUUGCGUCGCGUUGCGUCCGUAUAUAAAAAAGCGAGACGAAUAAAAAUGAAGGCCGCGCGUUGCGAAAGUUUUCGCAUUUUUUGUGCUCGGUCGAGCCGGAGUGUGGAGACCAUGUGUGUAAGCGAGAUUCAUCCGACCGCUUGAGCUUUAAGUCAUGCGCGCUGAUAUUAAAGUUUGUUUCGGAAUCGCUCGCUUGCGCGUGAUAAUAUUAUUGUAAUUUAAUUUCUAUAUAUAUAAGAUAAUUGCUGAAAAAUCAUGCCAAAAUAUAAUGCUGCACAAAAAUUUAAUUUGGCUUUUUGAUUCUUCAAAAACAAAUAUAUUCCAGUUUCUAAAAAUCCAAGGGUUUGAUGAUAAUUUUAAAAUAAUUAUAUAAAAACUUUAACUCUCUUGUAGAUUAAUUUGCUUAAUAUUGUUACUUCUGUACACAAAUUGCUAUAUUGUUGAACGAUAGAAAUGGUUAUUAAAAAAUAAAUGGCAUUCAAAAACCGUUUGCGGCAAAUCACGAGUAAUAUAAAUGGAAUAUGUGGAGUAAAAAAUAGUAGUUAGUAUCAAUAGUAAUAAGUGAAAA